AUGUCAUCACUUAAAGCAUUUAAUGGCGGUCCUUUUGAACAUAUCAAUCAGUAUCUCUUUGGCCAGUAUCGAGCAAGACAUCGACAGGCAGUGGCAAAGAUGGUCAACGAGUACUCUUCAGCGUGCUGUACUACUCCAGCUGCGGUUGUCGGCGAAUACGCGCCCAAGGGCUCAUGGACCGAGAUCAAUGGGUUCAGAACGUAUGUAACCGGCUCGCCCAAAGCCAAAAAAGCAAUCCUGCAGGUCUACGAUCUCUUUGGAUAUUCUCCCCAGACCUAUCAAGGUGCAGACAUUCUCGCAACCAAAGGAAGCGAGCCGUACCUCGUAUUCGUACCCGAUUUCAUUGGCUCCGAUCGGGCUGCGCAGCAUGCGUGGUUCUUGCCCAAUGCCGACGAGAAGCCCCUCCAAGACCUUCUAGCGGUAGUAACGUCGAAGCACAUGAUGGCGGACAUCCACACGACGGCGGAGGCCUUGAGGUCCGACGAGAGAUAUAGACAUGUGCAGAGAUGGGCUGGUGUCGGCUUUUGCUGGGGCACCAAGGGUGUCAGUCUCAUUGCUGCCCGGGAAGGCCAGUCGUUGCUAGACGUAACGGCUCUCACGUCACCAUCAAGACUCGAUCCCGAAGAGGCCAAGACUAUCACAACCCCGACUAUGAUGCUAACGUCGAACGGGGAGGAUGAGACAGUCGCAAGGAGUUAUUGCGAGAACCUUAAAGGCCCUAAGUACCUGGAGAGAUUCGAAGAGACCCAUGGCUGGAUGUCGGCAAGAGGGAAUCUUGAUCAAGAGCGAUGUCGAAGGGAGUACGAAAGAGGCUAUCAGCUUGUCCUCUCGUGGUUAGCUAAGUACCUCUAG